CUUUCUCUCCUUCUCCCUCCUUUUUUUAUUUUUUUCCUCUCUCGUACUAUAAAAUAGCAGCCUCUUUCUCUACGUCUUUUCAUCUGCUCUCUCCCUCUGCAAAUUUCAGGAUUCUUCUCCCGCUUUAUCCCAGCGAUUUUUUUAGGGUUUAUACUCCAUGUCUUUGAAUUUAUAGGGUUUCAUCUCAGCAUCUGCAUUUCAAUACGAUUUUUUGCUCUCUCAUCUGCAUUUCAAUACGAUUUUCCACUCCUUUACUGCAUUUAUCUAGGGUUUUUCCUCAACCCUUCCCACAUUCUAGGGUUUCCUCUUCGCUUCUGCAUAUAUCUAAGGUUUUUUCUUUAUAUUAGCUAUUUUCGACCUUUUUGCCAUUUUUUUCGCAUUCUUGAAGUUCUUUUAUACUGAAUAUACGUUUUAUAUACGAUUUCUAGAAUAUACGGUUUUUAUACGCUUCAUUGCAACUUUCUACACCGAUUGCAGAUUUUUAUUAUUUUUUUGAAACUCCUGGAAUUGGAUUGCUAUGGGAGAAUGGUACGAGAUUGCUCACUCCAUUUUCAUCGGCAUCUUCUUCUCCUUUCUAGCCUCAAAGCUUAUCUCCACCGUCACCUCAUCCCCGGAAGAGAAUCUCAGACUCGUUCGUGAGGAUGACCCGCCUGCAGGUACUGUCAACCCUGGAUCGAAAUCUUUUGAUCCCGUGAAUAUAAAUGUGACUGAAAUGCCUGCCGAGAAUCUCAGCCUUGUUCCUGAGGAUGACCCGCCCGUGGGAACCAUCAACCCCGAUUCGAAAUCUGUUGAUCUCGUGGAUAUAAAUGAGGCUGAAAUGCCUGGCGCUGGAAAAUCUAUGGCGAGCGAUAUCCUUUCGGUUGAUGUCGAUGAUGAUUGGGAAGGGGUCGAGAGCACAGAUUUAGAUGCGACGUUUAGUGCCGCGAUUGCUUUUGUGGCUGCUGCUGCUGCGGACCGUCUAUCGCAGAAGGUUUCAAAUGAAGUGCAACUCCAGCUCUACGGGCUUUACAAGAUUGCUACUGAGGGCCCCUGCAGUGUCCAGCAGCCAUCUGCGAUCAAGAUUUCAGCUCGGGCUAAGUGGAAUGCAUGGCAGAGAUUGGGUGUUAUGUCUCCUGAGGAAGCCAUGCAGAAGUACAUCAUGAUCGUGAGUGAGCUGUAUCCUUCCUGGGCAAGUGGCUGUACUAUUAAAACAGAUGGAGAAGCUGAUGAACAUAGUACUUCUGCUAAAGGAAUGCCGGGACCAGUAUUCAACACUUCUGUAAAUGAGGAAGGAUCUGACGGACCAGUAUUGAAUACUUCUGUAAAUGAGGAAGGAUCUGACAAUGAAAUAUCACGAGGGAAUGAAAACAUUACAUUGGCCUAUAGAUCAUGGCCGCCUCAAUGUUGUGGAGCUGCUCAAUAGCCGGAAAGCAGAUGUGAAUGCUCAGGUGUCAUCAUUUCCAUGAUGGGCCUGUCAGCACCCUGAAAUCAGGUCAAAGUGGGACAAACGUGAGAGAAGACGAUGCUCAAUUCACUGCGAAUUGAAAUGCUGACCUGAACAUAAAGCAUAACAAUGGACCCAUGUGAUCUGUGCAGACGACCUGGGCGUGGAUGUUUCCAGUAAUUGAUGAUUGCCACCCUUUUAUCUCUUAUCUCUUGAUGAAUUUUUACUAGUUCCAUUAUAUGUAUAUAUCUUAAUUUCUCACUGAUACAUAGAUGUGGUCUCAAAUUCAUAGCUGUGUUUUUAAUGGAGUCAUUUUGGAAUCCUAGGGUUGGUUAUAUGGAGGAAUUCUAUAAUCCUGGUGCAUAUUUUGCCUGUUGGGUUAUGAAACUGGUAUCAUGCUUGCUACUUGUAUUGGAUAUCCAAUCUUGGAAAACCAUAGUAGUAAAUCAUCCACCAGAGGAUUGUAAAUACA